UCCGGUCUACACUGACGUCAUAUCCGCGUUCUCCAUGACUGUCAAACAGCAAUGGCGGCGAGCCGGGGUUCUUCUUCGAGAUGGGUUUUCAGCCGUGAGCAGCUCGAAAGCACGCCGUCUCGCCGAUGCGGAGUAGAACCGGACCGGGAACUGUCUUACCGCCAACAAGCGGCGAAUCUGAUUCAAGACAUGGGACAGAGGCUCAAUGUCUCUCAACUAACUAUAAAUACUGCAAUUGUUUACAUGCAUAGAUUUUUCAUGCACCAUUCGUUCACCAAAUUUCACAGGAAUACAAUAUCUCCUACAACGCUCUUUUUGGCUGCCAAAGUGGAAGAGCAGCCACGCAAACUGGAAUAUGUGAUUAAAGUUGCACACGCCUGCCUAAACCCGCAAGAGUCACCCCUUGACACUAAGAGUAACGCAUACCUCCAGCAAGCUCAAGAGCUGGUGAUACUUGAAUCCAUAGUGCUGCAAACGCUUGGCUUUGAAAUUACAAUUGAUCACCCACACACUGAUGUGGUGAAAUGUUCCCAGCUAGUGCGAGCGAGCAAGGAUCUGGCACAGACUUCCUAUUUCAUGGCUACCAACAGUCUCCACCUGACGACGUUCUGCCUUCAGUACAAGCCCACCGUGAUUGCCUGCGUGUGUAUUCACCUGGCAUGCAAGUGGUCCAACUGGGAGAUCCCGGUGUCUACCGAUGGCAAGCACUGGUGGGUGUACGUGGACAGCUCCGUCACCCUCGAGCUGCUCGACGAGUUGACGCAUGAGUUUCUGCAGAUUCUGGAAAAGACGCCCAGCCGCUUGAAGAGAAUACGCAACUGGAGAGCAACGCAAGCUGCUAAGAAGCCCAAAUCUGAGAGCAGCCAACUGACAGACGCCUCCAUGGCCGGUCCUUCGAUGCUCCAAGAGCGUUCCCUGCUCGACGGCCCCCUCGUCGGGGUUCCCCGCUCGGGUUUUCCCAAAGCGGGUGCCCCGUUCCUGCCCAUUUCGGCUCCCCCCGGAUGCGCGUCGCUGUCGCUGGACUCCUUGGCCGCUUUCAACCCACCGAGCCACAGCGAAUGGCCCCAAAGCAACCUGAGUCAAGCAGGCAUCUGCAUCAAACAGGAACCCCUCGACCCCCCUCACCAAGCGCAGACGCUGCCCUCGCAGGCCUCCGCUUCCUCUUUGCAUCCACCCGCAUUGACAAUCAAGACUGAGAAAAGUGGCGAGCUUAACAUCAAGCAGGAACUCAAAGGAGCGUGCGCAAGCAAACAUCAGCCGUCGACUUCGUCUUCCUAUCCGCCGCCGCCCUCCUCGGCCCCCAAAAUGUCACUGGACAAAUACAGAGAAAAACACGCCAUAGAGCUUGCCGCUUCCGGCCAGAAAAACAGAGCAGAGCAACAGCAUGCCGCGCUCACCGACGACAACGUGAGAGGGGACCCGUCGUCUUUGAGCCAGGUCGAUCACAGAAAGUAUUCGCAGACGCAUCAAGUGACCCAAAGUGGCCACACCAGCGGUGCCACCGCCUCGCCCAUCAAAACCCGAGUUCCUUGCGCAAUGUCGGGGCAGGACAAGCGCCAUCACGCUGACAAAUGGGACAAAAGUUCGCUCAAUCUCCACCUGGCAAUUCCCGCCUCCGGAGGAAGCAGCCAGUCGGACAGAAGCAAGGAGGAGCUCAAGAUGAAAAUCAAGCUUUCCUCGUCGGCCGAGCGCCACAGUUCGUCGGACGAAUCGGCGGCCGCCAACAACAACAACUCCAUCAAGAGUAAACAUUCCAGCCCGCUGGUGAGCAAAGAGAAAGCGCACCGAGGCCAUCACAAAUACGCUCACAGCGGGAACGGACAAGGGGCCUCAGACGGCCUGUUCCGAGGACCCCCGGGACUGAUGACCCUUGAGGGACUCGCGCUUCCUCACAGCGGAUCCGCGUCGCGGAAGAGGGCGCACCCUGAGGUCAAUCACAACCAACACCCUCCCUCCUCCUCCUCUUCCUCCUCUUGCUCCAAAGCGAGCAAACUCUCCAAGGGUGGUGCGGGUGCCGCAGGUGGGCUGCGGACGUCUCGGCAGUACCUCCCUCCUAGCGGGUCGCCCCAUGAAGUGGGAGACCAGAGACACUGAGCGAGCUCUUCUGCAGCCCUGCUUCUUCACGUGCGAAUUGCAACAACAAACUAGCCACACUUACCACUUGGACUAUGCUCGUCUCCUCGUUCAGUGCCCUCGGCGCUAACUUGGCUGAUGAUAUACCCUUUAUUGAAAGGCAGAAAGAACAUCGUACAAAAACAAAAAAAAGGAUGUCUGCGGUGGGCUUGUGAUAAAAGAAACGAGAGAGGAACGUAAAGCUUUCGUUCUAUCACCUCCGGGCCGGGUGGGCCGCAGUCCUGCAGUUUCUCCUGGGGUCAAAUUGCUGCUGCUCUCCUUCCUUGAAUUGAAAUUAUGUGUGUGUGUGUGGCAGGUGGAAGUGUGUAUUUACAUCCAAGGGAACAACCUCCCUGCAUUUCACAUCAUACACAAAUAGGAAAACAAAAGUAUUACAAAGGCACGGAAUAUGCAUCCUCCUCUUUCGUUCCUCUCGGUUUUAUAUUUAAAAAAAAAAAAAAGAUAGACAGCAUGAGGAGUUCAACUUCUGUCUGUUGUCAUUCCUUACUGCAAUAUUGAUGGGUGCAUUUUUUUUUUUAAGUGUCGUUAUCAUUUCCUCACUAAGUUUGUUUUCUAGAGUACUGUUUGAUUUCCAAGUUGUCAUCAAAGGGAUGCGUUCAAACACGCUCAGCAUUCACAGGAAGUGGAGACAAAUUCAUGUUCAUACGUUUUGGUAUGCGAACAUACUCAGGUUUGGAGCAAAUUGGAAUUAGAACAAUACAAUUGGAAGAAACCAAUUUCAAAACAAACAAAAAAAUGCUGCAAAAUGCAGUGAUCAGCCAGCGCCAAACAACAAAAAGACAAUAGUGUGCCAUGGAAGUCUGUACUGAAUGAGGCACUUUAAGUUGUCACUCUUUAUGCCAAAUUUCUAUUUAGAAAAAAACAAUCGCAUCUAAAAUGCCCUGCUGUGUUUUAUUUAAUUUUUUUGGUGGACAAACUUGGUCGAGUUGUCGUCCUUGAUCCAUUUGGUACAUUUACAAGCAUUGUCUUCACAGUUCUCGACAUUAAACUCUAUUCCUGAAUCCUA